AUGAGCCUUGAUAUCCCUCUUCCCAAGAACGGCUACUUGCCGGAAACUCAUCCAUACGCCGCCCCCCUUUCAUCUUCCGCCUCUUCUUCCACUUCAUCUGUAUUCUCCGACGCCGCCUCACAAGCGUCCAGCGCAAGCUCCACAUCAUCUCACUCUAACUGGGACUCUGAAGAAUGGAGUCGCAAUCAGGUUGCACCGACAUCUACCGUCGACCCAGCAAACCUGUCUGCUUUCCAACCCAUCAGCCGAGUUAGCACUUACCCUCAAUAUCGACCAGCAGCAUGCCGAGAACUUGCACAGGAAAGGUUACCUUCCCUACGCACAGAGUUUUUGGCGCCAAUCGAGCAGCGACAGAAUCCCAGGCGAUCGACAUCGACCAUCAAUCAACGCGCACCACCCCAGCUGGUACGGCAGUCCGAUCGAAAGGUCAACUUCGUCGAUUGCCUCGUCGAUUCCGCUACUCAAAUGGUCGAAGUCAUCUGGCAGUUGUCUGAGCCCAAGAGCCGUUGUGAGAAUGCUUCUGGCCGAGGGGCACUUCCUCUCCGCAGGUUCAUUCAAGAGACUCUCCGACGAUCUCGCACCAGCUACUCGACACUGCAAGUUGCGCUGUACUACUUGAUCCUGAUCAAGCCUCACCUACCAAAGCAUGACUUCACCAUGUCACAGCCCGAGGACAUGUCUCUUCGCGCCCUGCAAUGUGGUCGCCGUAUGUUCCUAGCCGCGCUUAUCCUCGCGUCAAAGUAUCUGCAGGACCGCAAUUACUCGGCUCGCGCAUGGAGCAAGAUCUCUGGCCUCAAGGUUUGCGAGAUCAACACCAACGAGAUGGCCUUCCUCGAAGCUGUGAACUGGAAGCUACACAUUGUAGACUCCAUUUGGGAGAAGUGGCAGGAGGUUGUCCUUCAACACACACCUACACUUCCACCUCCAUCCCCCGGCGCUUCCAUUCCUAACACUUGGAAAGACGUUAUCCCGAUGUUGACACCUGAUUUGGAUAUCGUCGAGUUGGCUCCCAAAGGCCCUGCUACUCCUAUCCGUGCGCCACCGCGUCCACAACUAAACGCGUCGCCUUACUGCUACCCAUCGCCUAUCAGCUAUGGAUCGAAAGAGAGCACGCCAACCCCAGCUCUUUAUCAAGUGCCUCGUUUUUUGGAGCCUAAACCAGAUCUUAUCCGCACUCCGUCUUUGCCGUCUCUCGCUCGCUUGGGUGCCUUGCCUACGCCAUCCUUGACGCCUCAAUCCAUGGCUAGCAACACUCCUGCAGCGAGUGCUAUGGCCUUUGGAUCGUCGCGACGCACGUCGAUGACUUCAGCAAUGCAACAGGCACAGUGCUCGUCAUUGGCGCGCACCUGUCCGACGACCUUCGCUAGCUCCUUCCAACUCAUCAUUGUCAUCCUCUCCAGAGUCAAUGAUCUCAGACAACUCUCGCUCUUCGCGUGCCUCGUCGAUCUCGUCAGUUUCGUCUGCGGUUUGGGCGCCAAACCAAAGUCAGGCCAAGUUGGCUCGAUUGCGACCUGCCGCAACGCAGACUGCCGUAUCCUGCAUGUCAAAGUGCAAAGAGCAGUACGAGUAUGCCCGAGCGAGCCCAUGUCUUCGCCUGAUCUGGAUAGCUUUCACAUCAGUGAUUCGGAUACCUCACCAGCCAAGGUCAAGAGCCCUGCGUUCGUCGCUCCUGCAAGUCGCAAGCGUGGAAGGUCAUCGGUCGAACUCCAUCAGAACGUGCGCCACCUACUGCAUACCACCCGCUUCUGCGUUUGACCUUCGUGGUCAAACAGCUGUGCUCCCUGAUCCGGUCGGUUGCACAGUCAUUCAUCCUCUCAGGCAGUGAACCCAAAGGGCUGCAGUCCCCCGAAGAACACUGCUCCUACUUGCUCGCGUCUUCCCAUCCAGAAAGACUUUGGCAAGAAGAGGUCCUGCUGUAGCACCGAAGCUGCGCAGGCCUAUCGUCCACAUGGACCUGGCAUGUGGGCCGGUAUCUUAUAAUGACGAAGCCCACCAAAAAAGUCCAAAAGAAGGCUAAAGAAUAAAGAAAGAGGAGGAAUACUAUCGCUUCGGUUUUUACCUUUUCAAAUAUCCACCCAACCACACUUCUACACGCCUGUGUAUAUUUCCUACAUCAACUCCGAACAACGCCACCUGUGUAUUUUCCUAGUGUCUUUGA